AUGCAAUACACCACAAACAGUUCUGAAUCAAGCAGCAGCUCCAGUACGGGUCCGGGGCGUCACCCGACCUAUCGGGGUGUAAGGCGCCGGAGCAGUGGAAAAUGGGUGUCAGAAAUUCGUGAGCCAAAGAAGCCUAAUAGAAUCUGGCUAGGCACAUUUUCCACACCAGAAAUGGCUGCGGUUGCUUAUGAUGUCGCUGCUCUGGCUCUCAAGGGUCAAGACGCUGAGCUCAACUUCCCGAACUCGGCAUCUUCAUUGCCUGUGCCUGCCUCCAAUUCAUCAAGAGAUAUCCAGGCCGCGGCAACCUCUGCUGCCGCUGCUAUAGGGGCAGCUGCCGCGGCCAUGGGAGUAGGGAAUGGUGCUACUUCUACCAGGCCGAGUACUGAGAGUGGUCAUGGCCAUGUGCUAAAUGAUCAUGAGUUUAUCGAUGAGGAUCUGAUCUUCGAUAUGCCUAAUGUUCUAAGGAAUAUGGCAGAGGGAAUGCUUCUUAGUCCUCCUCGCUUGGACAUAGCUGGUGAUCAUGAUGCAUUUGCCGCUGAAGAACAUGGCAACCUUUGGAAAUUUAAUUAGUCCAUCUUGCUAUAUAUAAUAACAUAUCCAGUGUUCAAGGUUAGGGAAAAGUUAAUAACCCUCGAGAAAAUCCGAAUAAAAAUGACAUAACCCUUGAUGUUUAUGAAGGGGGUCUUCAUCGGGACUUUGAAUAAAGGGAUGACAUGCAUCAUAUUAAUAAGUGCCACUAUAUAUGCUGGACUACGUAUAUAUGGUGGGUAUUUGUAUUUAAUAGAUUGAAUGUACAGGAAUUUUAUUGUGAAUAGUUGUUAUUGCUUGUAAAC